AGCGUGGAAGUAGAAUAGACAUGUUGUCAGUCUUCCCGGCAGCGACGACGGAGAUGAUGAGAACGGCGCGGUCGGUGGUAUCGCGGCCGCGCCGACGAUGCUGGUAUCGCUCGCCACUGCUGCUGAUUCUAAUCCUGACGCUGUCGCUAUCGUCACGGUUGCCGACGGCGCACUCAGUGCCAGCCGAUAUAGUGCAAAAGUUUCACGAUCCGGAGGUGGAGCGCAUGAAUCAUCUGGUGGUGGACAAGAACACCGGCCGGGUGUACGUGGGCGCGGUUAAUCGGCUCUAUCAGCUGUCGCCGGAUCUACUGCUCGUCGUGAAGGAGGUCACAGGACCGAAGGGCGACUCCACAGCAUGCUCGAUGCUGGACUGCCCCCGCGAGGCGCAGAAGCGGCCGGUCGACAACGUCAACAAGGCGCUGGUGAUCGACUACACCACCACGCGGCUCAUCUCGUGCGGCAGCCUGUUUCAGGGCAUGUGCACGGUGCGCAAUCUGCACAACAUAUCGGACGUAGUGCAGGAGGUGAAAGAAGCGGUGGUGGCUAACAAUGCCACAGCAUCGACGGUCGCGUUCAUCGCUCCCGGUCCGCCAAACCCGCCGGUCUCGCAGGUCAUGUACGUCGGCGUGACCUUCACCGGCAAUUCGCCGUAUCGCUCGGAGGUGCCGGCGGUGAGCUCGCGCUCACUCGACAAGGACAAGAUGCUGAACAUCGCCGAAGCGGCGGUCACAACCGGCACGCGUAUGUACGUUAAUUCUCUGUCGCGCGAACGCUAUCCCAUCAAUUACAUAUACGGAUUCAGCAGCGGCGGCUUCAGCUACUUCCUCACCACGCAGAUGAAGAACACGGAGACGCCGAUCUAUCUCUCCAAGUUGGUGCGCGUGUGUCAGGACGAUGAGCACUAUUACUCGUAUACGGAGAUACCGAUCAACUGCACCAGCGACGAGCGUAUCUACAACUUGGUGCAAGCCGCUUACGUCGGCAAGGCCGGCUCGGUAUUAGCUGGUGAUCUGGGUAUCACCGCACAGGACGACGUGUUAUUCGCCGUGUUCGCCGAGAGCGACGGACCCAACAGCGACGUGCCACGACCGCAUUCGGCUCUAUGCGUCUAUUCCCUCAAGGCGAUCCGCCGCAAGUUCAUGAGCAAUAUACAGAGGUGUUUUAGCGGCGAGGGACAGCGGGGCCUGGAGUUUAUCUCACCGAGCCACAAAUGCAUAUCAACGAAGCUGCAAACAAUUGGCGAGGAUUUCUGCGGUCUCGACGUGAAUACACCUCUGGGCGGCGAAGAACCGAUGGGCGCAACUGCAGUCUUGACAUUCGAGACUCACUUGACGGCUGUUGCGGCAACUUCGACCGGUGAUUACACUGUCGUCUUUGUAGGCACCAAUAAGGGACAUCUUAAGAAGGUGGUGGUGGAAAGUUCGACGCUAGCAUUGGAAUACGGCGAUCUGGAGAUCGAUCCCGGUUCUCCAGUGAAUCCGGAUCUGCUGUUCGACUCGCAACUGAUGCACCUCUACGUGCUGACGGAGAAGAAGGUGUCGAAGGUGAAAGUGCAGGAAUGCUCGGUCUAUAAAACUUGCUGGGACUGUCUGGGCGCCAAGGAUCCGUACUGCGGCUGGUGCUCGCUGGAGAACAAAUGCAAUUUGCGCAGCGACUGUCAGGACGCGGCCAAGGACCCGCUCUAUUGGAUCUCUUACAAGAGCGGUAGAUGCACGACCAUCACGGCCGUCACGCCGGACCAGCUGCAACGCACGACCGCCAGGACCCUCGAACUCGUUAUCGAGAACCUGCCAACUCUGUCCGGGCAGUUCCUAUGCGCAUUCUCCGCCCUCGACAAGACCCUAAUCACGAACGCCUCGCGGAAAUCCUACGGCGUAAAUUGCACCACCCCGAGGACGGAUCUCCUGCCGUCGAUACCGCCGGGCCGGCAUCACUUCACGGCUAAGCUGUCCGUUAGGAUGACAAACGGGCCCGAUUUGGUGGCGACGAACUUCACUUUCUUCGACUGCAACACGUACAGCUCGUGCACGCAAUGCGUGUCGUCGAGUUUUCCGUGUGACUGGUGCGUAGACGGUCAUCGAUGUACACACGAUACAGCGGAGAAUUGUCGUAAUGACAUCCUUGUCACAGGAGUCAGCAGAAUGGGACCAAGUUAUAGAAGUGGGCCAGGUUUUUGUCCCACUAUUAACGCUACCGAAUCUCAGGAGAUCCUCGUGGCUGCUGGUAUCAAAAAGGCGAUACGAGUGAAAGUGCAUAUCAUUGGGCAAUUCAUCAUACAAACACGCUUCGUGUGUCAAUUCAACAUCGAGGGUCGCGUGACGAGCGUUAACGCGCGCCUGCUGGCCGACACGAUCUACUGCGAGGAAACGGAGUUUUCUUAUACCUCCCGCGCGCCCAACAUCACGGUACCCUUCGCCGUGAUCUGGGGCGGCUCCAAACCGUUGGAUAAUCCAGACAAUAUACACCUGGUGAUAUAUCGAUGCCGCGACAUGGCGGACAACUGCGGCAUGUGUCUAGCUCUGCCGUCGAAAUACGGCUGCGGCUGGUGCCAGACGGGAUUCAAGUGCGAAGUUAAAGAUCAGUGUGACCGCGGCUCGGGCAUGUGGCUCAACAGCAACCAGACCUGUCCAAAUCCAGAGAUCAAAUCAUUCGAGCCAAUAAUGGGACCCUGGGAAGGCAACACGAAUGUGACGAUACGUGGCAUCAAUCUCGGCAAAACUUUCAAGGACAUAGUCAGCGGCGUUACUGUGGCUGGCAUGCGAUGCUUGCCUUACGAGGAGCUUUACAUUCGCACCAAGCAGAUCGUCUGCCGAGUCGACGGACCCGGCACACAGGAAGGCAAGAGCGGACCCGUCAUCGUCAAGAUCGAGGACUUUCGCGGCGAGUCCACCUACAACUUCGAGUUCGUCGAUCCACAAAUUAUUUCGAUAUCGCCCAAGUACGGACCUCUGAGCGGCGGCACCACAAUCAAGAUCACCGGCAACUACAUGAACGCCGGCAGCACUAUCCACGCCGACAUCGACGAUCUGCCUUGCUCCAUAAUAAGCGCCGAGCCGAACGAGGCCCUUUGUAUGACGAGCCCGAGCGAUCGGAAGAGGAGCGGCAUGCUGAAGAUGUCCUUCGACGGCGGCAACCGUUUAUACGACGGUUUCUUCGAGUACGUCGACGAUCCGACGAUCGAGAGCGUGGAGAGCGGCGUGGCUGGCCAGAUGAAGGUCCCGAAGGGGAUCCCGGCGGGUGGAAUAAAGAUCUCGGUGACCGGAAAGAAUCUCGGCUACAUACAGAGCCCGCAGAUGUACGUCUACUACGACGAGAAGAUGUUUGUGUCGCAGUGCGAAGUGCACAGUCAGGAGAGCAUGGUGUGCAAAUCGCCGACCAUCGAGGUGCCCGAACACGUGAUGCUGGACGCGGAACGCCCGCUCGCUCUCGAGUACGGCUUCCGCAUGGACAACGUCACCGGCGUGCAGAACCUCUCGCAGCACGGCUUCAGCCAUUUCCUUUUGUACCCGAAUCCGAUCUACGAGGUCUUCGACGAGGAAGUGAAGUAUUACAAGAGUGAUUAUCUGACGAUCAACGGCCAGCAUCUCGAUCGCGCCUGUCAGGAGUCCGACGUGGUCGUGCAGAUCGGCAAUGCCUUCUGCAACGUCACGUCCUUAUCGCGGCAGCAGCUCACUUGUCGGCCGCCGUUGACGCAGCCGCCCGCCAUCGACGCACAGGGUCUGCCCAAUAAGCAGGAGCUACCGGAGGUCGUGCUGAUAGUAGGCGGUACGCUUCGCUACAACAUCGGCAAGCUGAGUUACGCACUGCCGGCCGGACUCAACGGACCGUUGUCGAAACCCGCGCUCAUCGGCGUGAUCGCCGCUAUUGUGAUCUUAGUAUUCGUGUUCAUAGCAUUCCUCAUCGCCUACCGCAGAAAAUCUACCGAAAGCAAUCGAGUGUUGAAGAACAUGCAGGAGCAGAUGGACAUUCUAGAGCUACGCGUCGCCGCUGAGUGUAAAGAAGCCUUCGCCGAGCUGCAAACAGAAAUGACCGAUCUCACCGGAGACCUGACCAGCGGCGGCAUACCCUUCCUUGAUUAUCGCACUUAUGCAAUGAUGAUACUAUUCCCCAGUGACGAUAAUAGUCCAGUGCUGCCAGGGGACAGGCCGGAAUUAGCGCGAAAGGAAAAGGGAUUGCGCUUGUUCGGUCAAUUAAUAAUGAAUAAAACUUUCCUACUGCUGUUUGUACGAACGCUCGAGAGCAACCGCUACUUCUCGAUGCGGGAUCGAGUCAACGUUGCCAGCCUCAUUAUGGUUACACUUCAGAGCAAAAUGGAGUAUUGCACGGACAUUCUGAAAACUCUUCUGGCAGAUCUCAUCGAGAAGUGCACGGAAGGCAAGAGCCAUCCGAAAUUAUUCCUGAGACGAACUGAGAGCGUUGCUGAGAAAAUGCUGUCUGCUUGGUUCACGUUUCUCUUGUAUAAAUUUAUGAGAGAAUGCGCCGGUGAACCAUUGUACGUGCUAUUUCGCGCAGUGAAACAGCAGGUCGAUAAGGGUCCUGUGGAUGCGAUUACUUCGGAGGCACGAUACUCCUUGUCUGAGGAAAAGCUGAUCCGACAAUCCAUCGACUUCAAGCCAAUGACGGUUUAUGUCUCAAUAUCGCAACAAACCGUAUUUGUCGGCGGAAUGGAUCCCAACACGGAAAACGUACCGGUCAAAGUUCUCGACUGCGACACAAUAUCUCAGGUGAAAGAAAAAGCAUUGGAUACGAUUUACCGAGCGACACCUUACAGCCAAAGACCUCGGAAGGAGGAUCUUGAUCUCGAAUGGCGAACUGGCGCGUCCGGUAGAUUAAUUCUCUACGACGAAGACUCGACAACGAAGACCGAGGGAGAAUGGAAGAAGAGAAACACAUUAAAUCAUUACAGGGUACCGGAUGGAGCGUCGCUUAAUUUAGUCUCCAAACAAUCGUCUAUAUAUAAUCUUUCAAUUCUGUCUGAAAAGACGGACAAAUCGCACAAAUAUGAGACUUUGAAUCUUAGCAAGUUUAGUUCGGCCAGUCCCCCGCUCUCCCGCGCCACUUCGCCGCUCAAUCAGAAUCAUGAGGGUGGUAUGAAGGUCUGGCAUCUCGUGAAGCACCACGACUCUGACGCACGAAAAGAGGGAGACCGCGGCAACAAGAUGGUCUCGGAGAUUUAUCUCACGAGGUUACUAGCAACGAAGGGUACGCUCCAGAAGUUUGUCGACGAUCUUUUCGAGACCAUAUUUAGCACUGCCCACCGAGGUUCAGCACUUCCCCUCGCCAUCAAGUACAUGUUCGAUUUCAUGGACGACCAAGCUUUGCAACACGGCAUAUCCGACCCGGAAGUGGUCCACACGUGGAAGAGCAAUUCACUUCCUCUCAGGUUUUGGGUUAACCUCAUCAAAAAUCCAAACUUUAUUUUCGACAUUCACAAAUCGAACAUCGUGGACUCGUGUCUCUCCGUCGUGGCGCAAACGUUCAUGGAUAGCUGCUCAACGUCGGACCAUAGAUUAGGUAAGGACUCUCCGAGUUCGAAACUAUUAUACGCGAAAGACAUUCCAGUGUACAAAGAAUGGGUAGAGCGUUACUACUCAGAUAUCAAAGUGAUGCCAGCCAUAUCCGAUCAAGACAUGAACGCAAUGCUUGCCGAAGAAUCGAGGUUGCACACAGCGGAGUUUAACACGAACUGUGCUUUAUAUGAACUAUAUACAUACGCGGGUAAAUACAACGAACAACUGAUAGUCACUCUCGAGGAGGACGAGUUCUCGCAGAAGCAGAGAUUGGCAUACAAACUCGAGCAAGUGCACAACAUAAUGGCGGCGGAUAACCCCUGAUGUACCAUGAACUCCAUGAAGCAUACGAUGACGAAACCCGCUCGUCAAGAGUUGCCCUGUUGAGCGGACACUCGCAGUCCGGUUAUAAUUCUCGACGAUGCGAACGAAAGGGGACUGGCCUAUCUUGUAAUCGAUUGUCUCAGGUUCCGUGCAAAAGCCAGUUUUCUCACCUUAACGCGAAUCGCGAGUGAACUUGGAAGAACCCCGACGGAAUUAAAAUGCCGCGAGUUAAUUAAAUGACUAAGUGUUAACAAUAUAUGUCGAGGAAGUCUUCUCAAAGGUCGCCAAGUCUGUAGGUGUGGCCAUAAUCAUGAGCACAUUACUGCGCGCAUGCAACGUGCUAAUUGUAUAUAAGAUAUCAAAAAAAAAAAAAUCAUGAAUAAUUGUAAUAGGAUAUUAAAUGUACGAUCGCACCUCGGCGGCGAAGCAGAGUGCAAAAGUGGGGCGAGAUCGUUUUCCUCGUCGCGCGGUGGUCGCGCAUCGUUUGCACCGCCAGUGAUUUUAAAAAUGAAUGUAAUAAUGAAACACACUAGUGAUAAGAGAGCCGCGAGUGAGGGAAUUAGCCGCAAUAUCGAUCGAUCGAUAAUUUGUAAAUGUGUU